UCCGCGUCCUGCGUUCCUCGGUCAUCUCCUGAGUUUUUCCUGCAGAGCUGAGGACAGAGGAGUCCAGCCACCAAGCCCAGCUUUCCUCCGGUGCGCAGCCCCGACGGGGCCGUGGCAGGCGCAGCGAGAACGCCUGCGGAGCCAUGAGAGAGUACAAAGUGGUGGUGCUGGGCUCGGGCGGCGUGGGCAAGUCCGCGCUCACGGUGCAGUUCGUGACCGGCUCCUUCAUCGAGAAGUACGACCCCACCAUCGAGGACUUCUACCGCAAAGAGAUUGAAGUGGAUUCAUCGCCGUCGGUGCUGGAGAUCUUGGACACGGCGGGCACGGAGCAGUUCGCAUCCAUGCGGGACCUGUACAUCAAGAAUGGCCAGGGCUUCAUCCUCGUGUACAGCCUUGUGAACCAGCAGAGCUUCCAGGACAUCAAGCCCAUGCGGGACCAGAUCAUCCGCGUGAAGCGGUACGAGCGCGUGCCCAUGAUUCUGGUGGGCAACAAGGUGGACCUGGAGGGCGAGCGCGAGGUUUCAUUCGGCGAGGGCAAGGCCCUGGCGGAGGAGUGGAGCUGCCCCUUCAUGGAGACUUCGGCCAAAAACAAAGCCUCGGUGGACGAGCUGUUCGCCGAGAUCGUGAGGCAGAUGAACUACGCGGCGCAGCCCAACGGCGAUGAGGGCUGCUGCUCGGCCUGCGUGAUCCUCUGAGGCGCCCGCGGCUGCCGCGCGACAGCCGCGCUCUGCGCACAAAAGCCAAACGCACCCGACUCUUCUAAAUGUGAUUUCUCUUCUUGCUUUGAGAUUGGGGAUGACUUUGCGUCGGCCGGGGGGCUCUUGGCGCCCGCCUGGCCGCGGUGGCCGCGUCCCCCGCCCCUGCCCCGUUUCCGAGGGGUUGUCCCGUCAUGACCAUCCGAGUCCCGGUGGAAAUGUGGAUCUUUGCAGCAUGUACGUUUCUCAUUGAUUUUGGUUGACGCAUAUUUCCCCAUUGAAGCAGCCCGUGGGGCCCUGUAUUGGCGGCUUGACACCGGCAGGCGAAAGUUUCAGUCUGGGAGGAAAAAAAAAAAAAAAAGAAAGAAAUGGGGUGGGGGCGCAAGAGGACGGUGAGAAGGUGGAAAAGGGGGGAUUUUUUGUUUUGUUUUUCUGUCAACAACCGUUUUUCUAGUUCCAAGUUUGAAAAACACGGAAGGAAGUCCGGGAGAACCAAAUGAAGGAGCAGGAGGAGAGGAAGAAACUUUUGUUUUUCCCUUGUUUUCCAGGAGUAGCUGGAAAUUAAGAUCGGGUUCCUUUUCUGCCAGCUUGGAAAGGCAACCCCGUGACUGAUUUCGAUUCUGAGGAUGUCUAUGCAAAGUUGGAUUCUUGUUACAGUGUAUCCAAUCUGAAGUGUUGCACAUCUGAACUGGGACUGUUAACACUGAUACCAAUGCAGUGUGGGGUGCCAGAAAGUGUCUGCUGAUAAUUUGUGGGGGGAAAAAAAUCUAUUUUGUUUACCUACUGUAUCAAAGGGGAGUCUGGGGGAGAACGGUAGUAUUUUUUUUUAUCAGCUGUGAAAAAAAAAAUGUUACAGAUCUGCACAUUUUUGUGUGUACUGUUGUGUGUGUGUUUUUUUAGAUUUAGCUUUUUGUUCGUAUUGGUUGGCCAUACAUGGUUUUGAUGGCUAGCUCUUUAAACUACAGUACAGAAAUUUCGCAAAUGUGAUUCAGGGCCCCCAGCACCCCUGUGUCUGCAGAGUGCCUUCAAGACUCAGCUGUUCCAGCCGGUGCCAACCUGUGAACUUCCCACCAGAUCCCAGAAUCUGUUAUUCCUCCCCAAACUACUUCCCAGUUUACUUUUAAUAAUCUUCCUGAAGGAGCCAGGACAAUAGGGCCUGUUGUUUGGUGAAUUCUUUAUUCUUUCCAGCCUUUAAAAUGUAACUUACUUGUAAUGCAAUGGGGGUUUUUUUUUUUUUUUUCCUUUUUAAAAUUUUUUGCUUCAUUUUGUUCCAAUGUUCAGGUAUUUAGCUCCCCUUUUAUAUAAUUUUUUUUUAAAUUUUUGGUUUUCUGUUUUAGGGUGUUCCUCCAGAAGCACAGAGCAAAAUUUUACUGUUGUGAUGUACCAAGAGAAUUCUAACAAUUUGUAAUUUCUAAUUCCAUACACGCGGUUAAUCAUUGUCUCUUCAUUUUAAGAUUUUUAAUACAAAUGUCAUUUUUAAAGAAACAAAUCCAAACUAUUGUUUGUGUUUCUAUGUUUCAUAUUCAGUGAUUUAAUACAGUAUCAUGGCUGAGGUGGACAGGGGCAAGUGCCUGAUGCCUCCAAGAGUGGUUUGUCAGAUUUUGAAGAGAGGAGUGUCAGUGACAAGUUGGGAGACAUUACUCCCAACUCCUUAAACAUGGAAAAUAAUCAUCAAGGUCUAGGAAGGCCUGGGGUAAGGUGUACCCUCUGACUGUUGAGAUGAACUGGAUAUUGAAUCUGUUCUGCUGGCUGAGAGCAGGAAGGGGAGAAGCCAGCUCUAAGACUGCCUUAGAUCUGGGAGAGUAACCAUCCACUGGUCAGGCAGGGUGGUGUUUUAGUGUUGUUUUUUUUUUUUUUCUUGCUUUUCUCGUGUUUUGUUCUGCUUUGUUUAAAACACCUAUCCAGUUUAAAGCUUGUUUGGGGGAUAUGAUUUUCACUUCUGAAAAUUAUAGUGUUUUCUGCAGUACAUUUGGGUGGGUUGUGAAUAGUGUCUCAGCCCUUUUGUGGCUUUAAUUAGGAAACAGAUCAUUAGGUUAAAAAAGAAGAGAAAAAGAGAACACUUAAGUCUCUUGCUUUAUUACACUGUGCAGUUUGUGGACCAUUUUGACCUCAUGAAAUUUCCUUCUAACAGCAGGAGGCAGUGUGAGCUUUUUGUUUUGUGUUUGAUUUUCUUAAGGGCCAUUUUACUGAUACCUCUAUGGAGUGGAAGGUGUAUGUCAAAAGCACUUGAUAUACCUUAGGUCCACGAAGUGUAGGGUGAAGAGUUUUGAUUUUCAAAAAGAGUUAUUGUGUUGAGGGAGCCAAAAGAAGUUAAAGGCCACAGGUUUCUUUAAAGCUAUAUUAACAUAUCUUGCCUUAAAAUGUUGUGUCUUUGGCCCAGGUGACCUCUCAGAAUUGCAGCAUGGAGGAGGAAUAGAGAAUUCUGCCUGGGUUUGGUUCUAAAGCCUUUUUUUUUCUUUUUUUUUUUUUUUUACAUUUGAUCUCAUUGAAGUUUAGUACCAAACUUAAUUAGAAGGUAAUGUAAAUAUGCUAAAUAAGAAAUUAGGAAAAAGUAUUCACACUUAGGCUUUGCAAAGCUUCAUUCUUGUAUUUGUGUAAAUUUAGUUGAUUCAAUAGAUCUAAAGUGUUGAAAGCUCUGAAGACAUACAACAAGUGCUGUAUAAAGGAUCUUUUAAAAUACAUUCAGUGACUUUUUUAUGAGUUUGUUUUGGUUUUUUGGAAGCCUUUUGAUGUGAAAUACUGGCAAGUAUCUAAUUUAAGAAAUGUAUAUACUCCUGACGGAAUUUUUGAAAAUGGGAAAUUGGAAAUGAAAUUGGUUGCUGGGUGCAUUAAUCAUCUUCACAUAGGAUUUAGUCACUUACAUGAAUAAAUGUUUUAUAGGUCUGGGAUGGCAGGGCAGAAGAUUUUAAUAUGCUCUGAGUACUGUAAAAUAAAUGCUUUUUAGAUUCCCAAUGAAGGCAACUUUACGUGUGUGCCUGGAGCAGGAAAAUAGUAUUAAGUUUUGUAGCCUUCUCCAAUGGUUUUCUUGACGAAAUUGAGAGAAAUUAGGGACAUUGUUUUUAAGACUAUGUCAGUUUAUUUGGCUAGUAAGAACCCCUUAGAAUUAUGGUGUGAAGAGAUAAGAGCAUUUGUUUCCCUGAAAGAGGGGCUGACUUAAGGGUGUCAAAGGAAGGGAGGGAGGGAGGGAGUUUGUUGUAAGGCAGUCACCUGUCAAAACAGAAACUGGGUGGAAAAGGAACCUUUAUCUUGGAGAGCAAAAGUUAACUUUUAAACUUGACCCCUGCUGGUUUUUAACAGCUUUUCCUUUUGGUCCCUGACAGUCGCCCAAGCUUUAUGUUAUUUCAAAGGAUUAUUUUUGCCCUCCUUUUGUAAUAGCCUCAGAAAAGUUGAAGAUACCAUUGGAAGUUUCACAUUUUCAUAUUUGGGAGUUAUGAUUCUUAGGUACAACAUUUUGCACCUUCUUAACUCCUGAAAUAGACUCCAUUGCAUCACAUUUUAGGACCAGCUCUAUUUGGGGGUUAGAAUUUUUUCAGCGUGUGAGGCCUCAUGCGUCCUGAUUUAUUACCCUUUGCUGUAGGUGGGAAUCCAAAAAUGCUCUUUUGAUGUGAACUCUUUGGGUUGUUUUAAACAUGUUUUCACCAGCGUGUUGUUGCACCUACUUUUGAGUUAUUCUCCAGCAUUUCUCACAGAUGGGAUGGGAAAGUGAGAGAAAACUAUAGGUAGCAGCUGGUCUUGAGAAAUAGAUACAAAAUGCCUGUACCUUAAUUGGCAUCAAAGGAUCUCCUUCCUUUUCACAACAGAAUAAGCCCCCUCCUUACAAACAUGAGGGUUUAAUUGUAGAUCACCACCGUGAAUUAAAAUGAUAUGAAACAUUU